AUGGUGGAAACCGAAGCGAAAGUGGACUUUUUGUUCGAAUAUCUGACGGAUUGGAUUGAUGAACGUUUGAGGUGGUCGCCGGAUGAUUACUGUGGAAUCACGCAUCUUUAUGUGGGUCUCGAAGAUGUAUGGAUUCCAGAAGUUUCCAUAGUUGAGGCCCAUUCAUCACAGGACUUCCGCCAAGACUACCAGAAGUUCGUGUGGAUUAACCAUACUGGCGAACUCACAGCGUUUUUCCCUACUUUCACUUCAACGGUAUGCAAGCUUCAGGUACAUGACUUUCCAUUCGAUGAACAGAAUUGUUCCAUCAACUUGAUGCCGCAGUCGUUUUCGCCCUACGAAUUCGGUUAUGUAACAAAAUUCAAUCUGAAUCUCAUGAAUCAACUGGAUAAAUUGGUUUAG